UCGACUGUUGAGCUGGUCGGGGGUUGAUGUAGAGGUUCAGCUGCUGUCCAGUAAGAACAUGCAAUACUGUGAACUAAACAGAUAAGUACUGGUUCCACCAUGGUUCCAUGUGUGUUUAUUCAAUACGAACUGGCAAGUGGCUGCUGUUCUACUAGGUCCUCACGUUUUGCGUGAGCGGUGUUACGUGAUAGCAAAAGGCACCGAAGAGCUCCAACAUGUCUAAAGAGACAUUCAUCGCCACCAGCUUUUUCACAUCCAACGAUUGGCAGGAGACCAGAGUCCUGUCUGGCUCCGAAGCCGUCAAUCUCCAGCGCUGCGGACGGACGGAGAGCUUACACAACCAGAACAUUGCCGUGCAGGGUGCCAGUCCGGCCAGCGGGAACGGUCGCGCCAGUCUGACCAAUGGACCGUUUGAGCUGUUCGGGGAUCUCAACACCAAUUUCUUCCCGAGCAGCCCUCUCCUCAAUGCCGCCAGGCAGCGAAUCCAGCAGUUUCAUCAAAACUUUAAAGAAUUUCAAAGUCAACCAAAUAUUAACUUUGGGGCCAAUGGUUUUAAUAAAUUCCACAAUUUCAGUUUCCCAGACUUUAACUCUAUAUUCCCAAAUUUUCCGCCUCCACCGGAUAUAACUUUUGGAGGUUUUUUCCCGAAGAAUUCCGAUUUUUUCAACAGUAUGACCAGUAGCCUGAACGCGAAUUAUCACCCUUUUGAAUCAACAUCACCCAAUGGUUUCGCCUCCAACAACAACUCCAUCAGCAACUCGUCUACCAUCGAAGACAACCUAAGCUUCAGACAAUCCUCCCACGACCUCGGGGAAUCCCCCCAGCGGUGGGUCAAGUGGCCGAGUGAUUCGGGUUUCAUCCACAGCCCCCACCCGAGCCAGUCAUCCACCGGUCGACACUCACCCGACUCCCAAGACCCCUCCUCCUCAUCCUCCACCCCCUCCGCUACGGGAACAAUGUCGUCCACAUCGUCAUCUUCAGUGCCAUCCUUUACAGAGUGUGAGCUGCGUACAAAGACCCCACCCUUUCCCUCAUCAAUGGACCGCAAGUCUGAAAGCAAAAUGUCAGACGACAACCAAUGGUGGGAGCUGUACGACCCCAACACGACCCGCUUCUACUACUACAACGCUACCAGCCAGAAGACGGUCUGGCACAAACCACAGAACUGUGACAUCAUUCCAUUGGCCAAACUGCAGACGUUGAAGCAGAACACGGAAGUGAAAGAAGGCGAUGCAGAGAGCAGUAAGAAACGUGAGAUGGGCACACAGACACCUUUAACCACGCCGCGUCGGGACCAUGGUCGAGGGACCUCCAUCCGAGGGUCGGCGGCGACAACCACAUCACCGCCACCUCCAUCGUCUUCCAUCUCUGCUGCCAUGCCAUCCAAGUCAUCUCACACACAGGGUGCCCAGACAAGCCCUAAAGGAUCCAGAAAGCAUCGCUACCAGAGACAAGACUCAGCAUCCUCACACAGCAGUUCUGGUCGCCUUGAUGAAGGGGCUGCUCUCAAUGGUGAGCUGCGCAGACGUACUGGACAGCCCCCAGCCCAGAACGAACAGCUACCUUUUGCUGUCAUCAACCGCAAUGUUAUGCGUCGUGAUUCUUUUGAAAUGCCCCAGAGGACAAUCAUAGACUCUCCUCGCCCGUCAAGGUCCCGCUCUCUCCAUAAAACUGCAAGUGAUACGAAUGCAGUUGUGCGCCAGGCUGCAGUUGCAGCUAGUGGAAACACCAGGUGGCAGCACAGUCCCUUGCAGCCACAAGACCCAGAUUUUGCUUUUCAUAGACAGGCCAGUUUUGAUACGGGCCGUCCCAGGCAAAUGCCCCACGUGCCAUCUGACCCCCUGUUCCAGUCCAGCCCCGGUCACCAUCACCGCCACCACCACCACAGGCAGGCCAGCGAGGGGCUGGUGCCCAGGCCAGGGCAAGGGAUGUCCGAGUCCCAACACAUCGCUUACACCAGUGACCUCGGUGUUUACGACCAUCGUGUUCAUCACCCCCAUUCAGGGUAUCCCGACGCCAGACAGCCGGCCAGCUUUCACGAUAUGAGAGGCUCGACCGGGGCUACCGAUUCCGGACAUGCUUUCCAGAAGUAUGCUGGCGAACUUAGAAAAGGAAGCUUAACAGAUUUCAAACAUGGUGCGCCACCGAUAUACGCAGAGAAUCCUUACAGGAAAGGCUCUGUGUCUGAUGACAGUAGUAGCCACUACUCGACGGACAGUGGGCCUAUGUCACUUAUGUACAUACGGACAGACAGCAUGGGUUCAGAUAUGGUUCAGCAGGGUCACGACCGGCUGUAUAGCCCGGACGUGCGCGGCGGCGAGGAAUACUUAACAUUCAACCAGGAUGUGGCCAGCCAACAGGGCAACGUCAGCCCCAUACCCCAGCCUGGGGGCAGUGGUAAAUCAAAAAGAUCUUUCCCAAGAACAAACCCUAACUAUACUGGAUUAUCCCGGCGAAGUGAAGGCCAGUCGCCUGGGAGCUCAGGGAUUUAUAAAAAGAUACAUGGUCUUGAAGGACAGUAUUCCAGUGGAAGCAGUUCCGGUGUGUAUGAUUCUACCGGUUACAUUGUCGCCGGUAACGGGAACAUGGCCCAGACUAUGGGCGUUCAGACUUCUCAGUCGCUGUCGGAUACAUACGCGGAGACCCACAGUCCCCGGAUGACCCACAGCAACAGUGGCACCGUGCUCCACCAGCCACCUCCACCAUAUCACAAUAGGAGCGACAGCGACGUCUCUCAGUCCAGCGCCAGCCGGGCACACCCAAACUAUCAGCCACAGCAAAGGGCGGACGGCACUCCGGCACGCGGCAAAGAGCUGUCUGAUAGCCAGUCUUCUCACGGUUCUGCUAGGAAUAUGUCAGAUAUGCAUUCUUCCCAGGGUUCUUUGCGUAACUUAGAUCCUUCUAGAAAUGAUAAUGUAUCCCCCAGGGGCCAAAACAGAGCUGCAUACCACGAGCGGUCAUCCAGUCAGGUAUCCCAGCGCUCCGCAGCCGGAGAAGAACCUGACUACGCCAACCUCCCACCCAGCAAUGGUCACACUAACACCAGCAGCAGCACCGCCAGCAGCAACAGUAAUGGGAACAGCACAACCGUUGGGAAAGGGGGCAAGGACGUCCCGAGAUUUGUCACAACUUUUGGUGAGGGGGAGUACGAUGAUGAUGACGACGACGAUGAUGAUGACGAUGAUGAGGACUUCAACAAGGAAAAUGUGCACAUGAGGAAAAAUAGUUACCCAGACUAUGACAGUGUCCCAGAGCUAGAGUCUGACACAUCCAGCCUGUACAAUGCCACCCCAAGAGGACAGAUCCAGUCUGAGCCCAUUGGAAUCUCAGCCAAUCUGGAGACCCAGCAUGCCUCCCUGCGCAGGAAGAAAAAUGACAAACCAGAUGCCAGCCCAGGGGAGAGGAGCCAGUCCCUACAGGCUGAUGUGACGCCCAGGCCUCUGAGCAUGGUGGUACCCCAGCCUGACCCCAACAUGGCCAUGAGCCCAUCCACAGGGUCACUUAAUAGAGGGAAGCUUGCAUCAGAAGGAGACAUGGAGCUGUACAGCCAGAACCUCAACAGACACAAGAAAGGCUUGUUUGGCAAGAAGGUCUCCAUCAACAACAUGUUGACUUGGUCAAAGGAUCCAAUACAGAAACCAAUGAUAAGGACUGCAGAUAAGAGUAUCAAGAAAGAUGCCUGUGAAAUGUUUAAAAUGAUACAGCUGUAUAUGGGAGACCGCAAGGGCAAGCAGGCCCCCAUGUCUGUGGCCCUGGACAUCAUCACCAAGGGCUGGUCCACAGUCAACCUGAGAGAUGAGAUCUACAUUCAGCUCAUGAGGCAGACCACAGAGAACAAGAGGGAGGAAAGUUUACAACAUGGAUGGGAGUUGAUGGCCAUGUGUCUCCAUUUCUUCCCACCCUCACACACGUUUCAUUCCGUAUUAGAGAGCUACAUCGUCAAGCACAAGGAUCCUUCAAGUGAUGUGGGCAGUGUUCCUGUGUCCCAUUUCUCUGCCCACUGCAGCCAGAGACUAGAGAGAGCUCUACAAACUGGUGCCAAAAAAGGAGUGAGGAAACCCACACUGGAGGAGGUGGAACAGGCCAAGAAAGCCAUCUUCCACCCAUCCAUGUUUGGCAGUAUGCUGGAAGAUGUCAUGCUGCUACAGAAGGACAGAUACCCUGACAGACAGCUACCCUGGAUACAGAUAGUCUUGUCUGAGGAGGUGCUCAGGUUGAAUGGCACCCAGACAGAAGGAAUUUUCAGAGUCCCUGGUGAUAUUGAUGAGGUCAACGCCCUCAAGCUCCGCUGUGAUCAAUGGAUCCUCCCCUCAGAUUGCCCAGACCCCCAUAUCCCAGCAUCCCUACUUAAGCUGUGGUACCGCGAGCUGUACGAGCCUCUGAUACCUGCCCAGUUUUAUGAAACCUGUGUGGAGAACUAUUCCAAUGCUGAUGCUGCCAUCGCCAUAGUGAACCAGUUGCCAGACAUCAACCGCCUGGUCCUGUGUUAUCUUAUUAGAUUUUUACAGGUGUUUGCUGCUCCAGAAAAUGCCCAGACCACAAAAAUGGAUGUCAACAAUCUGGCAAUGGUUAUGGCCCCUAACUGCUUGCGGUGCGAAAGUGAUGACCCAAGGGUGAUAUUUGAAAACACACGCAAAGAGAUGGGGUUUAUCCGUACUCUUAUCCAGUCUCUGGAUACAAGUUUCAUGGAGGGUGUCGUAUGAUAAUUAAUUGUGGGGGGACUGGGGGGGAUGUAGAGUAAAAACUGUAAAUCUGGCUGUAGUAUAUGUGGUUUUUUCUUUAUUCCAGUAGGGAAUGUGUUGCAUCUGCACUUUUGAUUAUUACAGAUGUGAUUUAUAAUAACAUUUGAUGUGAAACGAUUCUUUUUCUCUUCAUCCUGAUAAUAGGUCACAAAAGUAAUUUUUAUCUCCAAAAAAAAAUGUGAAAUUUAAAAAACGCAAAAAUACAUUAAAACUUAAGUGAUGUGUUUCAUCCUGCACUGUAGAUCAUCAGACAAGGAAUACAUUUGCUUGUCUUCUUGAACAAAACUAUUUUUAUUUUAUACACUGGCCUAUAUAAGCACUGAACAAACUGUCUUUACCUUCAAGCUGUUUUUAUACUAAUUAAUCUGUUGAACAAGGGUAUGACUGCUGUUUAUAGCUUGUAAUUUUUUUGUGAAAAUGUUCAGUUUUUAUAUAAAUAAUUAUAAAAGCAGUUGCAUUAAUUCGAGAGAACAAAUGGCAUGGAAAUGUGUUUAAAAUUAAAACCACCCAAAUAUUUAUGCUGAUCAUAAUAAAUAAGUAAUUCAUUCUUUUGUUUUUAAUGUAUCAUACUAAAUAACUUAUCGUUUUUAUUUAUUGACCAGUUUUUUUUUUUUGUGGUUGUGAAACGUUUUUUUUAACAAGACAAUUGUAUAGCAGUAGAACGAAUAACUUUCUUGAGAUACUUUUAUUUUAAUGUAAUGACAAAUGCUCUCAGCAAAUAUGUGUAAAUGACAGUAUUCCUAUAAGGUUAUGUUUAUUCCAUCACAUGAAUUAUAUGCUGAUAUGUUUAGCUGAUAGCUUCCUAUGACUAUGUUUUGAGCAGUUGCUCUUACAAUCUGCACUAAAGUUGAUGUGUUAAUUCAACCAUCACAAUUAGUAGAUGUGUUCACUACCUGUCACUAUCACAAGUGUCACUACCUGAUAGCACAGCAGCACAUCUACCUUCAUCCCCAUCAAACUUGCACAUAUUUAUUGAUCACUGUUUUAAGCAUUCAUGUUUGAUUUCAUGUUCAUUUCUUACUACUGUUUUCCUCUAUGUACAAUUUUACUUCAGAAAGUCCAGUAAAUUGUAUGUUUCUCUAGAUUCAGAAACAAAACAACAGGCUGGUUUAGUUAAUUUUAUUUUUGGCUUUCUGAAUUUAUCCUUAUGUAGUUUGUUUUUAAAACUUAAGCAUAAAGAAGUUUUGUUUUCAGUUUUCAAAAAAAAAAAAAUCAUGCACAUAAUUCCCCAGUGAUAUUACAUAAUCAUACUCACUUUUAAAUGUAAGAUACAUAUCUCCGGCUUCAAAUAAGUCUUACCUUUUUUUGUCUUUUUGUAAGACUUUUGUCAUCAAAACCAAGCAAAAUACUGUGCAAAUGUUAGUAGUUAGCUUGGUAUUUUGUUAGCCUGUUACUAAAGUGAUUAGUAUUUUAUUUAUUCUUUUAAUCAGUCACCUUUGGGCUUAUUUAAAAAAAUGCUUUUAUUUAAUUAGUAUACUCUCUUUCUUAAUAUUUGUUAUUGUAGAUUAGAAUGACCACCAUAAAUUGAAAUAGAUUUGCAGUGAUCAUAAUGAUAUUUAGUACCUCACACUAAGCUAUUCUGGGUGGAAUAAGAAAAGAAAAGGUGUUCUUUCAUUGUUUUUUUUUUUUAAAACAACCAGGUUUGGUUGAAGCAUAAAUAUUCUCAAUGUUCACUCAUUCAUCAAAUCCAUAAUUUUAUAAUAUUCAUUUAAAAAAAAAUCUAUGUUGUAACAAGCUUUAAUUCAGUUGCACUUUUCCAUACAUAAUCAAUUCAAGAGAAAUAAUACAGCUCACUCAUGUUGACACUAGAGUUUGAACUGUAAAAUGUAGCUAAAUAAAUUUGAUUAAAAUUAAUUGGUACAAAAGCUGACAGCAUUUCAUGUAACAUAUGUUCACAAAUAUAAUGAUGAGUAAAUUUUAUGAGGGUCAUGUUUAAUGAAUUAACAAGGGAUAAGUCAGCAGUAUUGAGUAGGUGCUUAUUGAGUUGGCUGAAAGUUUUUCUAUUGAUGGUAUUUAGAGGCAUGUUGGUAGCAGCAAACAGUAACAUAAUAACUUUUUGUUUUAGUUUAGUAUUGUGUGCGUAUUACUAACGCCUGGAGAUAAUGAACAAAAUUUGAACAAGUUUUUAUGAGUGAAUGUUUACCUGUGUACAGGAAGUGAAGUAUAGGCUUUAUGUUUGUUUUGAAGUCUCACGACAAACCAAAUAUUAUUGUUCACAACAUGAACUAUUUUAGAAACAAACGAAAACAUGAUUUUUGUAUCAUAUUUAAAUCUUUUUUUCCACAUCCUGGCUGUUUGCUAUUUAUUUUAUUGAAACCCCAGCUACAGAUGAAUUAAAAAAUCGCACAAGAUUAGUUCAUGAAAUGAUGCCAUAACUUACACAGAAUUGUAACUACCUGUGUUAAAAUUACAUGUUGUAGUACAUUGUUUAACGCCAUUUUUCAUCAUACUUUUUUAUUAAAAAAAAAAUUCUUUGCAAGUUAUUAUUGUGUAUAAUGUUAUAAAUUGUAAAUUGAUGCAUACUUCUGUUUAGGUUUAGUUAAUGUUAUUGAUAUCAAAAGUAAGAAAUACAACAAGAAGGCUGUGUUUAUGUAUAAUGGUUGGGGCACGCAGGGUGGGUUUUUCCAAUGUUUAUUUAUUGAUGUAUAUCUGUAUUUAAUACUGUGCAAUACGAUUGAAUUGAGAGGAUAUCCUUUUAUAUUUUGAGCGACCAUUUCCCCGGAAGUGUUACUGUUAAGCAGUGGUAGAGUCAUCAUAAUUAUUUUUCAACUGUUUAUAUUUAUUGUGUAAUUAUAUUUUAACCACCUAGACUGUAGUCUUCUUAUAAAUCAUAAUGUUGCUGUGAGUUUUUUAUUAUAAAGUUGUUCCAGUUUUUCUUUUUUAGUUUAAUUUGAAAAAAAAAAUUAUUUAUUUGUUAAAAUUUCCCAGUAUAUUAUAAUGGGUUGGGGGAAAUAAAAAGUGAAAAAAUAAAAUAAUUUCAAUAGGGUUCACACUAUUCAAGAAUCACUGUUUAUGUACAAACUGGCAAACAUCCAAAGCCUAGCUACUUGUGAAUAAUAAUAUUCUUGUAUUAUGUGUUUAAAAUUUCUUAGAUACAUGCAUUAUAAUCCAGUCAUAUCUCACUAGCACAUGAAUGUAUUAGUUUCUUUUAACCCUAUAAGACUUGUAUCCCUUAUGUUACUUGGUCUGCUCCAGCUUGUAUUUCCAUGAUAACCGUGGGGUCAACCAACCUUGUGUAGCAUACAUUCUAACCUGUAGCAUUGGACUGUUCAGUUAUAGUAGACUCUAUUAUAAGAAAAAAAAUUUUAACCUCCCCAAAAAAAAUUAGUCUUAUGUAACAUUAGUUUUGUUGUUCUAAGACUAUUCUUAAUGAGCACUGAAUUAAUUAGUUUAGUUUCUAAGGCUGUCAUUAGCACUGAUCUAAUUAUUUGUAAGGCUUUAAAGCUAUCAUUAACAUUUAAACAAAUUAGUUUAAUGGUUAUAAAGCUGUCAUUACAUUGAGCACUGAACUAUUUAGCACUUGUUAGCUUCAAUCAUGUGAUUGAUUCAAGUUGAGUGUUGGAGUGUGAUUGAUUGAUAUUUUUUUUUUGUUUUAAUUGAGGUGAAUUAAUUUUUAUCGUUUGAUAUUCAGUGUAUGCCUACAACUUUGUCUCCAGUGUCUAAUAUGAACAUUCAAAUAAAUUGAGUCAUUACAAACUA